AUGAGUGAUCAUAGUACGCCUAGAAUCGAUGGUUCCAUGUUGGAACAAUACACAAACCGUACAGUCCGAGUCAUAGGGAAAGUUGAGGACAUCCAAGGAUCAAAUUUGAAGUUAUAUACACCAAGUGAUAAUCAAAAAGAUUUAACAAUAACUGUUAGUACAACUCCUGAUUUGAAUUUUGAAAAAGGUUAUUGGUACGAAAUAAUUGGUAGGGUUAUGGAUAAUUUGUCAUUGAGAGCUAUUGAUAUACAAAAUUUCGGAGAAAAUAUAAAUGAAAAAGCUGUUGCAGGAUUAGUUAAAUACUCUCAAAAAGCUUCAGUAAUUUUUUAUGAAUGA